AUGCAGCUCGAGAAUUGCACUAGUGGGCUCUCAAAGAAAUGUCUGAAUGUGGGCAGUGGCUACCCAAGCUCCGAUGGAUCUGAGCUCUCCUUGCAGGACCAUCCUAUUAUAUCUGCUAAUGACAACCUGGAGAGAAGUUCAACUCUGAAAAAAAAUUCCAGGGGGAUGACGAACCAGUCAGAGGCAGACAAUUUCCCCGACUCCAAGGACGCAUCAGGGGACGUCCAGAGAGGCAAACUCUCUCCUGAUCUUCACGGAGUCUCUGAAAUUCGUCAUAAUUUCGAUGGAUCUACAGGAGAAAGGUAUACCCUUUCGCAAUCUAGCCAACCACAGUCAGUCUCAGCAACUCCAAGUACUAUGUUCCCCUAUCCGAGUCAACAUGGACCAACGCACCCGGCUUUUUCUAUCGGGAGCCCGAGUCAUUAUUUGGCCCACCAUCCAGUCAUCACUAAUGGAGCGUACAAUAGUCUUCUGACCAACAGCUCUCCGCAAGGCUACCCAACCGCGGGUUACCCAUACGCACAACAGUAUGGACACACUUAUCAAGGAGGGGCGUUCUACCAGUUUUCCUCGGCGCAAGCUGGGCUGCUGCCUGGGAAAGCGCAGGUGUAUCUGUGCAACAGGGCCCUGUGGCUGAAGUUUCACAGACAUCAAACAGAGAUGAUAAUCACCAAACAAGGACGACGAAUGUUCCCCUUUUUGAGUUUCAACAUUUCUGGGUUGGAUCCGACGGCGCACUACAACAUAUUUGUGGAUGUUAUUCUUGCUGAUCCAAAUCACUGGCGAUUCCAAGGUGGCAAAUGGGUACCAUGUGGCAAAGCGGACACCAAUGUGACAGGAAACAGGGUGUACAUGCACCCUGACUCUCCAAACACCGGUGCGCACUGGAUGCGCCAAGAAAUCUCAUUUGGAAAGCUGAAAUUAACGAACAAUAAAGGAGGCUCAAACAACACCGGACAGAUGGUGGUUCUACAAUCGCUUCACAAGUACCAGCCCAGGCUCCAUGUGGUGGAAGUCAACGAAGACGGAACCGAGGACUCCAGCCAACCUGGAAGAGUACAGACGUUCACCUUCCCAGAAACACAGUUCAUCGCAGUCACAGCUUACCAGAAUACCGAUAUUACCCAGCUAAAAAUCGACCACAAUCCAUUUGCUAAAGGAUUUCGGGACAACUAUGAUACUGUCUACACAGGUUGCGACAUUGACCGGUUAACACCAUCACCGGGUGACUCGCCUCGCUCUCAGAUCAUGCCUGGUGCGAGAUAUGCCAUGGCUGGUUCUUUCCUACAGGACCAAUUUGUCAGCAGUUAUGCCAAAUCUCGCUUUCACCCUGGCGUAGGGACUGGACCUGGCACGGACCGCAGCGUCCCACUUAGUAACAGCUUGCUAUCCCCGCAACAAACCGAAGAGCCCACAGUUGCAUCCCCGCAGCGAUGGUUUGUCAACCCUGCCAAUAACCGACUGGACUUUGCCGCCUCGCCAUACGAUGCUGCCGCGGCUGCUGAUUUUGCCGGUAACGCGGCCACCCUGCUGUCCUACGCAGCAGCUGGAGUAAAGACACUUCCACUGCCCACUACAGGGUGCUCAAACAGACCUCUAGGUUACUAUGCCGACCCUUCCGGCUGGGGCACACACACACCACCCCAGUACUGCAGUAAGUCUAGCUCUGUGCUCUCUUGCUGGCCAACAAAUUCUGUUAGCAGAACAGGCACGUCCAACUACCUGGUUGAUAACGCGGACACCAUCCCAACAGAAAGGUCACCCAUCGGAGGGUCUAACGAGGCAAAACCAAAAGACUUAUCCGAAUCCAGCUGGAUAGAGACGCCGUCUUCAAUCAAGUCGAUUGAUUCAAGUGAUUCUGGUAUCUUUGAGCAAGCUAAACGGAGAAGAAUUUCACCGUCUGCCACACCGGUUUCGGAAACAGUGUCCCCGUUGAAAUCUGAGAUCUUGCCUCCAAGAGAGUGUGAGAAAAAUUGCGUCAAGGACAUUGGUUACUAUAGUUUCUAUCCACACAGUUAGACAACCACAAAACGGGGGGGAAAAAUGUGUUCUAUUUAGAUUCAUCUAUCUUUAUAUGCAACUGAUAAUAUCCAACUGAUAGGCCGAUCAGUUGUAAUGGACCAAUAUUGGACCAAUAUUGACGAACGAUUAGAAAAUGUCGGCUUGUAGCGCAUAGGCCUACUGGGGAAAUUUAGGCGACAUUUACAGUUAACAUUAUAAGUUUGCUAUCUAAUAGCUGAAGGCCUACAUACAGUAACCUAUUUCAUUUAAACUAGUUUUAAUCAACAGCUAUUGUCUAUUGUAAUUAUGAAAAUGAUGUA